AUGGGUUUCAGCAUUGCAGCCCUCUGGCGCGCGCCAGAAAUCAACCCUAUCAACCGAAAAGCGCGCUCAAUCCCGUUCCUCAACCCCUUCACCAAUACCUAUGGCCGCACGUUCUUCUUCUCGUGGUUUGGGUUCAUGAUUGCGUUUUGGUCAUGGUAUGCGUUUCCUCCGCUUCUGUCUGAUGUCAUCGCCAAAGACAUACACAUGACAGCCAACCAAGUAGCGAACUCGAACGUUAUCGCACUCACAGCCACCCUUCUUGUCCGUCUCGUUGCUGGACCCAGCUGUGACCGCUUCGGUCCUCGUUACACCUUUGCAGGUUGCCUUCUCGCUGGUGCAAUUCCCACCUUCCUUGCUGGUUGUGUGAAGAACGCAGCAGGUCUCUAUGCUCUUCGGUUCUUCAUUGGCAUACUUGGUGGGUCUUUCGUACCUUGCCAAGUAUGGACCACUGGCUUCUUUGACAAGAACGUCAUCGGAACUGCGAAUGCCAUCACCGGUGGUUUGGGUAACCUUGGUGGAGGUAUCACGUACUUCGUCAUGCCUGCCGUAUACUACGCCUUGGUCAAAGAUGGACUCGCGCCUCACAAGGCAUGGCGUGUAACCUUUGUGGUGCCCGGUAUCCUCAUCGUCUUUGUCGCCACCUGCCUUAUUCUGCUCUGCGACGAUACGCCUACCGGCAAAUGGAGCGAGCGUGGCAAUGGUCUGGUAACUGGUCCGAGCGGAAACACUGAUCGGGGUAUCGUCGCUGCGGGCGGCAACCUUAUGGAUGCUCCUCGUGCUUCACCUACAGGCAGCUUCAGCAAGGAGAAACAAGGUCCUGGUGAGGAGUGGAAGCGCGACAACGAGGCUCAGGACGUGAUUCUCGACAGCGCAGCCGGAGAAGUUAUCCAAAAGCCUACUUUCAGCCAUAUUAUCAAGGUCUGCUUCUCGCCACAAACACUUGUCACCGCUGCCUGCUAUUUCUGCACAUUCGGUGCCGAGUUGUCUAUCAACAGCAUUCUCGGCAAUUACUACCACAAGAACUUCCCUCGCAUGACCCUCCAAAAGUCCGGCGACUGGGCUGCCAUGUUCGGCAUGCUGAACGCUAUCUGCCGGCCCCUCGGAGGAAUGGUCUCAGAUCUCGCAUACAAGUACACAGGCAACAACGUAUGGGCGAAGAAAGUCGUGCUCCACACUUACGGCAUUAUGACGGGAGUGUUUCUCAUCGCCAUCGGUGUGUUGGAUUCGAAGAGCGAGGCCACCAUGUUUGGACUGGUCGCUGGUAUGGCGUUCUUCCUUGAGGGCGGCAACGGAGCGGACUAUGGGCUCGUACCGCACGUGCACCCGGAAUCCAACGGUGUUGUGUCUGGAUUUUCGGGUGCGAUGGGCAACUUCGGUGGUAUCAUCUUUGCCAUCAUCUUCCGGUACAAUGGCAGGAACUACGGAAAGGUCAUUUGGAUCAUUGGGACGAUCAUCAUUGCAAUUAACCUUUCCGUCAGCUGGAUCAGGCCGGUUGCGAGGAACAAGGCGCACUGA